AUGGCUGCGCCAUCCAAUAAACAAUCAACAUCGGUAACCCGAUCAGGUACUUCACCUGUAUCUGCACCGGCGACAAAUGCUUCCACUAGACUGGAGAGAGGCCAUCCAGGAUUGCGCCGCUCCACACCUGAUUCAGAAGCGCUUGCGUCAUCUGAUGACGAUGGGGACCAUCUGCUGUUGAGUCACUCGAUUACUGCGCCCGCAACUAAACCAGUACGACGGACAUCCUGGUUGAAUGAGGUCCCUCUUUCCAUUCAGCGAAAACAUUCCUUGCCUGCAGGCCCUCUCUCCUCGGCGCCAUCCAACCCUGCGAGCCCUGCAAGUGACCAGGCGCCAUGGACAAACAGUAGCCCGGGUCUGAGUGCUUCAUACAAUUGGAAUCAAGCCGGUAGCUCUUUUUCCUGGGGAACUGGGAUUUGGAAUGGAGAUUCCCGCAAAGAACCGCCUUCACGCUUGUCCGAAAUCGUGCCUUCUCCCACCAUGACCUCCACUCAACUCUCGAGUAGUUAUCUUGGAGAUGAAAUGUUUAGUCCCAUCACACGCACUAUCUCUGGUGAAUCGGCCAUUCCAUUUUCUAUUCCACUACAGCCCACCCCCAAGACCUAUCGCUCUCAAUCAUAUUCAGUCGGUCAGAUGGAUCCAGAGUAUCUGGGUAUGAUGGCGAAUAAAGGCCCGAUGCAAUACCCAAGCCGUUCUCGGGGCUCGGCUCAGCAACGCGUCUCACGACCAAGUAUGCUGGGCGAGCUGGGUCACGACCCAGCCAUGCUCGAUCGCGUCCGAGAGGAUGACGACGGAAUCGAUAGUCUGAGCAGCUCUGAUGGGGAUAUGAGCUAUUCUGCCAGUCAGGCUCGCACGAUCGAGCAGCUGGCACGUGAGAAUGCACUCCUACGCCAGGCAGCGGCUAGUCAAUUGGAUAGUCGGUUCCGCGAGCGGGCUUCUUCGUCUGCUUCUGUCGCGGGUGGUCUUCAUUCCCUUCAUCGCAUGCGAGGUGGUGUUCCAGACCGUGAUCUUGCUGAUGAGGAUAUUGGGGAAUUGCGUGACAUCCAAGGCUAUGGUAACCUGCUUGGAGCUGCCAGACGCCGAUUUUCAGAACACUCAAACAAUCUAGACCCGCAAUUCUCGUCCUUUUCAACCCCCUUGGAGAAUCGUGCACUGGAAAAUGUUCGCAAGGCUCACUGGCAGACGACCCUCGGAUUUGGAAGUAUUUCUGAUCAACCGCAGAGUCGCCGUCAUUCCUUUGCCGAUAUCCCUGUCAGACACGGAUCUAUGAGCUCGGUUGAUUCACACAACACUGCAACCCCUCGUGCAUCGGGAGAUCGCGAUGAUGGAUAUGGAAAUGCUGCCGAAUACUCUGCCCAGGCAUUCUACCCACAUGAGCAGUUGCGCGCUGAUGGCUCCUCUGGCCUUCCUGCUUCUCUCAAUCAAUAUGCCAUGUCUGGGGCUUAUGGACGUCAGGCUCCUGCCGUGUCACAUGCCCACCAGAACCAUCUGCUGUAUCUGGUCACCUUCAAGUGCCACCGCGCGGACGUCUUUUACAUCCAGGAAGAUACCGGUCUGCAAGUGAAGGCUGGUGAUCUUGUCAUCGUUGAGGCGGAUCGUGGUACGGACCUGGGCACUGUUCAACAAGCAAAUGUGUCUCUCCAACGGGCUCGUGAGCUCAAACAACAGUAUGCAGAGGAGCACUACAAGUGGCUCAUGAUGUUCUCGCGCCAAGGCCAGGUUGAAAGUUCCAGUGUGCCCAACGCAAGUUUUGCGAACCGAAGUGCAACCGGAGGAAUGGGUCCUCAUGCACACGGUGCACAGGAAAACAGCGCAGAAAUCAAGCCGAAACUGAUCAAACGCCUGGCACAGAACCAUGAGAUUAUGAAUUUACGUGAUAAAGAAGGAAACGAGGCCAAGGCCAAGCGAGUCUGUCAGGCAAAGGUUGCUGAGCAUAGGUUGAAUAUGGAGAUUCUGGACGCUGAAUUCCAAAUGGACUGGAAGAAACUAACCUUCUACUACUUCGCUGACUCCUACAUCAACUUUAACUCGCUGGUUACUGAUCUGUUCAAGAUCUACAAGACUCGAAUUUGGAUGUCCGCCAUCAACCCUGCUUCGUUUGUCACACCCACAGCCGGUCUGCCAGGACCUGGAAUGGCCAACCCUCUUUAUGGCCAGGAUGCAUCACAUAUUGAACGUCAUCAUCAAGAUGGACGUAGCUAUGGACGGGACACUGUUGAUGCAGCACGGGAGCAGAUGUUGAACCCUAUGCUGCGCACUGCCUUCCCAGAAUCAUACCAACCGUUCACUCAAUCCCCACGACAGAGCCAAGCUGAUCCCUUUGGCCCUUACUCCCCCACCGGUUAUGAUGCUACUCUGGAGACACUCUCCGACUAUCCUGCAGGCACUGGCAACGGUGCGCGCAUGCACUCAUCCCAGGCCGAGUGGGUCGGCCGCUUCCAAGGUCUUUCACUCAAUUCUUGA